UCCUCAAUUGUUUUCACCGCAGCACCAACAACACACUUUCAGGUAGAGAGAGAAACUGUAGAGUGAGAGAGUCAUGGAUGGAAUGCAUGAUCAUGGUAUGGGUGAUAUGGGUAUGGGUAUGGAUAUGGGUAUGGACGACAUGAUGCACAUGACCUUCUUUUGGGGGAAGAAUGCAGAGGUACUGUUCAAAGGAUGGCCUGGACACAGUUCUGGCAUGUAUGCACUGUCCUUGAUAGUGGUAUUUGUUUUGGCUAUUAUUGUUGAGUGGCUCUCUCACUGCCAGUUAAUCAAGGCCGAUACGAACCAUGUCUCUGCCGGGUUGCUUAAGACCGUGAUGCAUGCUUUGAGGGUUGGUGUUUCUCUGGUGUUGAUGUUGGCGGUCAUGUCUUUCAACGUUGGUGUGUUCUUAGCCGCCCUGGUCGGUCAUACUGUGGGGUUCUUGCUCUUUGGGAGUGGGAUUUUCAAGAAAUCAGACACUAUUCCUCAUAAAGUUUCUGAUCUUCCUCCAAUGAGUUGUUGAUUGAUGAAUAAUUCAUCUCUGUUUCCAGGAAUUAGUCAACUUUUCAUAUUUUAUACAUCCUUAAUCAGUUAUGUUUUUGGGUGGUAACUAUGAUGUUCGUUUCGUAAAAAUAGACAGUUUUGUGGUCAUUUUUGUUUGGUUCUCAGUUCUCGCAUAAGGAGAAGAUAUUGGUUGCUCCACCCGCUAGAUGCAUCAUUUUUGGCGGGAAAGAAAUAAAUAAAAAUGUAUAUGGUGGAAUAAAAUAAUAAAAAAUGUGUUUGGCAUCGUGGUGUCAAAACACAAGUUUUUUCAUUUUCAA